AUGUCCAAACAGGACCGAGACUCGACCGAAGCAAGAAACGGGAUUCCGCUCUCCAGAACGCUUUCCGUGGACCUGAUUGGCCCCAAAUUGACGUCGCUCUUUCGCAAGAGAAAAAGAGACGAUUCUGGUGUAUCUACACCAGCUACUCGUUCGCCCAAUGACUCUGAUGACCUGAAAUCAGACGACGAAUCUAAUGGCACCGUACAGAAGAAGAGAAAGAUCGAUACGAAGGAGCAGGAGGAGUUCGAGGCUCGUGAAAAGGAGUUGGAUGCUGAGCUCCCAGAAGAGUAUAGAAAAUUCCGUCCCAGAGGCUUCAGAUUCAAUCUCCCCCCUCAAGAUAGACCUAUCCGGAUCUACGCUGACGGAGUGUUUGACUUGUUCCAUUUAGGUCACAUGAGGCAAUUGGAACAGGCUAAGAAGUCAUUCCCUAAUGUGGAAUUGGUUUGUGGUAUCCCUUCAGACAAGGAAACACACAAACGUAAGGGAUUGACUGUUCUUACGGACAAGCAGAGAUGCGACACGUUGUUACACUGCAAAUGGGUGGACGAAGUGAUCCCCAAUGCUCCGUGGUGUGUCACAACAGACUUUCUCCACGAGCACAACAUCGAUUACGUAGCCCAUGACGAUCUUCCGUAUGCAUCGGCAGACUCUGAUGAUAUCUACAUGCCCAUCAAGAAGAAGGGAAUGUUUUUGACUACACAGAGAACGGAAGGUAUUUCGACUUCGGACAUCAUCACUAAGGUGAUUCGCGAUUAUGACAAGUACUUGAUGAGAAACUUUGCCCGUGGAGCUACCCGUAAGGAGUUGAAUGUUUCAUGGCUCAAGAAAAAUGAGUUGGAGUUUAAGAAGCACAUCAACGACUUCCGUACUUACUGGAUGCGCAACAGAACCAACUUUAACAAUGUUUCGAAGGACUUGUACUUUGAGGUGCGCGAGUACUUGCGAGGCAAGAAGUCUGACGGCUCAUUGACACCCAGUGGCAGUACCACUACGUUCCAGAGCGAUCUGGAGGAUGUCUCACGCGCAGCAAGUCCAUUGACGGAGUUUGCUUCCAAGUACAUUGGCAACAAAAACGAGAGGCCUAUCCGGACCAUCAUUGGCAACUUCAAGGACUGGAUCGGUAUGGACGAUUCGCACGAUGAGGAUCUGACUAACGAGGAGCCCAUUCGUCGCACGCGGUCACAGUCCAACAGUUCUCUGCCCCAGAAGGAGCCGGUGUCUCCCAAGAAGGCUAGGAAGAUUGCAAAGCCCAGACGGAAAAAGGAAAUGUAA